CAUUAUUGUAGGAGAUAGUAGUAUAAUAUUCUGGUAUUAUUUUUUAGAUGUUGGAAAAAGUUGUUUAUUAUUGUAAUUUACUGAUUUAAGAUUCAAAAAUACUCAUGAUACAACUAUUGGUAUAGGAUUUGGUUCUAGAGAAAUAAGAAUUAUGGAUUAAAAUGUUAAUCUACAUAUUUGGGAUACAGCAGGUUAAGAGUCAUUUCGAUCUUUGACUCGUUCUUUCUAUAGGGGGUAUGAUGCAAUCAAUUUUAAGAGCUAUUGGAGGCAUUCUUGUAUUUGAUGUUACAAGCAGAUAAUCAUUUUAAGGAUUGGUUCAAUGGUAUGAAAAAAUAUAAAGUUAUGCUUGUGAUGAUAUUGAAUUAAUUAUAGUAGGAAAUAAAACAGAUCUUAAUGAAUAGUAUAUAUAUUGAUUAAUUAAGAAAGUCGUCAAGUUUCAUAAAAGGAGGGAAUGCAAUUUGCUAAAUAGUAUAAUUUUGAAUAUUAUGAAACAUCAGCUAAAAGUGGAUUAAAUGUGAAUAAGGUUUUUGAAUAUUUAGCUUAAAAAAUUGUAUAAAAAGUAAAUUCUGGAGAGAUUGACAUUUGUAAAGAAGUAUAUAUUUUUAAAUAUUUAAUUUAGAAUUAUGGAAUUUAAUUAAAAAAAUAAAAAGAAAUAUAGAAACUUGAAGAUAAUAAAUUAGAUAAAUAAAAAUAAAAAAAUACUUGUUGCUGA